AUGAUGUGUCUUCUUUUUUGUGCAAAUAUCUUGGCCAAUCUACCCCACUUGCAUUCAAACCUUAAAUUUAUUCAGCUCUUUAGGAAGCAUUCCAAACUCGUUUCAGAAGUGGAAUACUACCUUACUAAUCUGAUUUCAGCAAAAACAUUCAUAGCAAAUAUCAAUGAUAGUUCACUGUCCAUGGAUGAGAGUGAAUUUAAUAAAAAUAUGCAAUUAGUGAUAUCAGCAAAUGAGAUGACUAUCAAUGAGCCUAGUGCUAUUGUUCACUCAUCUGAAGGCAAAUCCAGCACACUGAGAAGUCAUGGCAAAGAGAUUAAUGCCAAAGACUACAGAUAUCCAUUCAUGGAAGCCAAAGCACAGGAUCUCAGGUUCGAGGACGUGCAGAAGUUGCUGGGCUUGUAUAAACACAUUGUAACAAAGUACGCGGCACUGUCAGAUGCGCUCAGCCGGCUCUCCAUCGACCAAAAUCACCUCCUUGCUCUCCAAGAUCCAAAAAGCAAGGCCAAGAUGAAAGAGCAGAUUGAUAACGGUACUGAAAGAACUAAUCUUGAUUUCUGAUCUGUCUAUUUCCUCCAAUUCAUGUCAACUUCACACUUUCCAUUUCUUUGUAUGGUACAGCCAUGAAUAAUAGAACUUCAAGGAUGCAUCCUUUUGAUGAAGAGACUGACUGAGACAUUACAGUGGCUUUAUCCUUCGAUCUGUAAUAUGUACAUAGUUCCUUCAC